UCGUGCGAAAAUGAAAAAACUAAUUCUAAUCCGUAAGCCCUAAAUACAUGUCUUUUGCUGAGUGUUCGGCGGCGGCGGCGGCGGCGAUGGGCUGCGCAACCAUCGUCAUCGUUAGCUUAUGAGAUCCCCUUCCACUUCUAAUCUCCAUCUCAAAGCCAUAAUCUCUCUCCAUAAGUCUCUCAUGGCUUCCUCUGUCACCCAAACCCUUAAACCAGAUUUCCCUCAAGACCUCGAUGACCUUCUCUGCUCCGAUCCACAGCAACAUCAACAAGAGGAAAGUAAAUCCGAUGACCCAUCACUUCUCUUGGUGUCGCGGAGUGGAUAUUUGAAUGGCGGGUCGCGAAUUGAGCGAGCCUGGGCUCAUUGGUCGAAGCUUGGCCGGCCGAAGUUGAUUGUAGCUCCUAUGGUGGAUAAUUCGGAGCUACCGUUCCGUUUGCUCUGCAGGAAAUAUGGUGCUGAGGCGGCGUAUACGCCUAUGCUGCAUUCACGGAUAUUUACCGAGAACGACAAGUAUAGGAACGUGGAAUUUACCACUUGUCAGGAGGACCGCCCAUUGUUUGUUCAAUUUUGUGCCAAUGAUCCUGAUGUUUUGUUGGAAGCUGCUAGAAGAGUGGAGCCAUAUUGUGAUUACGUCGAUCUUAACCUUGGGUGUCCUCAGCGUAUCGCCAAGCGAGGAAAUUAUGGGGCGUUUUUAAUGGAUAACUUACCUCUUGUAAAAGCAAUAGUAGAGAAGUUGGCUUCCAAUCUUGAGGUUCCUGUAUCAUGCAAAAUCCGAAUCUUCCCAAAUUUACAGGAUACAAUUAACUAUGCAAGAAUGUUAGAGGAUGCUGGUUGCUCUCUUUUAGCUGUUCAUGGCCGCACAAGAGAUGAAAAAGAUGGUAAGAAAUUCCGGGCUAAUUGGAGUGCCAUUACUGCUGUUAAAAAUGCUGUACGAAUUCCAGUUCUUGCCAAUGGGAAUAUAAGGCACAUGGAAGAUGUUUACGACUGUUUGCAAGAGACCGGGGUCGAGGGUGUUCUUUCAGCCGAAACCCUUCUUGAGAAUCCUGCACUUUUUGCUGGGUUUCGAACAGCAGAAUGGAUUGAGGGCUAUGAAGAAAGUACCAGGGAUGGAAACCUGGAUCAAGCCGAUCUGCUGGUGGAUUACUUGAAGCUUUGUGAAAAAUACCCCGUCCCAUGGCGAAUAAUUCGUUCACACGUACACAAGUUGUUGGGAGAUUGGUUCAAGCUUCAUCCACACAUUAGAGAAGACUUCAAUGCUCAAUCCAAGCUCACCUUUGAAUUUCUUUAUAAUAUGGUGGAGCGUUUGAGAGAGUUGCAGGUAAAAAUUCCUCUUUAUAUAAAGGAUUCUUCUCCUGCAUCUGCAAUUUUGGCCAAUGGUUGACUGCUUCACAGAUUGAUUGAUAGGCUUACUGGUCUUAACUUGAAGGAUUCUUUGCGAAAACUAGAUUCAUUCUGUUGUUGUACCACUAAUAUUCACACAAAAUUAUCAUUCUUGUAGCCUUAAUUGCACAAGGAAGAUAAGAUUCUGUAUUUAUUGUUCAAAUUGUAGCCUUAAUUGAUUAGAUUAAGGACGAUAUAGAGAUUGAACAGCUACAUUUUUGGCUAUGCUCAUUUAUUCUUGUUA